AUGGGAAGAAUUUCAAGGACCAGGAGUUACGCAAUUGCCUCUUCAAUGCAAGAUAACCAACAGCAACCACCUUGCAUUACCUGCACCACUUUUAACAUUCUUGCACCAAUAUACAAGCGUCUCAACCAUGAGGAUCAGAGUUGUCGUGAAAGUGACUACAAAGCGUGUUGGUUGGCCAGGAAUCAAAGGAUAUUGGAUUGGCUGUUGUAUGAGAGAUCUUCCAUUAUCUGUCUUCAGGAAUUUUGGAUUGGAAACGAGGAGCUUGUUAAUUUGUAUGACAAGAGACUUGGUGAUACUGGUUAUAUUAAUUUCAAGCUCGGACGGACUAACAAUCGUGGUGAUGGUCUUCUGAUAGCAGUGCAAAAGGAAUAUUUCAGAGUUGUUAACUAUAAGGAGUUGCACUUCAAUGAUUGUGGUGAUCGAGUAGCUCAACUGUUACACGUUGCGUUAGCUUUUCCGUUUUCACAAUGUCAAAACAGUGAUGUUAGGCACGAAAUUCUCAUUGUCAACACUCACCUACUGUUUCCACAUGAUUCAACUCUUUGCCUUGUACGACUGCAUCAAGUCUACAAGAUACUUCAAUAUAUCGAAUCUUAUCAGAAAGAACAUCAACUUAAACCCUUGCCAAUCAUGUUAUGCGGUGACUGGAAUGGAAGCAAAAGAGGACAUGUUUACAAGUUCCUGAGGUCGCAGGGGUUUGUAUCAUCAUACGAUGCUGCACAUCAUUACACUGAUGAUGAUGCUCACAAGUGGGUUAGCCACCUCAAUCAUCGUGGAAACAUAUGUGCUGUUGAUUUUAUAUGGCUUCUUAACCCUGACAAAUAUCAAAAACUACUUAAAACAAGUUGGAGUGAAGCAGUCUUUGGCAUGUUUAAGUAUCUAUUGCGAAGAGAUUCACUGACAGAGAUGGAUGCAUUUGCUUGUCUAAAGGUUGACAAUGAAGAUCGUAUUACCUAUUCUAGUUUCUGUGCAGCACUUAGACAGCUUAAUUUAAUUGGUCAUCCUCAUGGGUUAAGUAUUGAAGAGACAAAGGACUUGUGGGUUCACGCAGAUAUAAAUGGAAAAGGUGUCAUUGAUUAUAAAGAAUUUCUGCAGCAAAUCUGGAACCCAACAGGAUCAGAUCAGAGAGAUGACAAAAAUGGGCAACAUAAUGACGAGGCAAAUGACAGUGAGGAGGAGCAAACAAUUGGUUUUGCUGUAAAAAAUGCAGUUCUUUUCCCUCCAGAAGUGGAAAAAGGUAGAUGGCCUGAAGACUACUCUCUUUCUGAUCAUGCAAGACUCACUGUAGUGUUCUCACCUAUUAGAAUGCUAUGCCACCCUCCAAAAUGA